AUCAGUGAACACUCUCACUAAUCCACCCAUCUCCAUAAUCGCUCCCCGCAACGAAAACCUUCUAUUCUAUUCAACUCCCUUCACAGAACCACAACACAACACCCCCUUAAAAAUUUCUAUCAAACCAACACACACAAAACAAUCAUCAAUCGCACUUACCCUUCCUCCUCCUCCUCUUCCUCCAAAAGCUGUGCACAACACUACUACUACUACUUUAUAGUAAUUUUUUCUACCGCUCGCCGCGUCUUUGAUACUGACGGUAUAGUUUUAAAAGAAGAAAAAAAUGAACAUCUCAACAUCAGCCUGCGCCUGCGCCUGCGCCUGCAAACAGGAGCUGCCCCUAGUAAGCUUCCAAAAGGGAUCACUUAUGAUGGAGUCGUUGUUUCAUCAUCGGAAUAACAGCAACAAGGAUAAGGUAGUGGUGAUAAUGGGGGCCACUGGUGCCGGCAAGACGAAGUUGGCUAUAGACGUGGCCAAACACUUCCAACCAGCGGAGAUAGUGAACUCAGACAAAAUGCAAGUGUACAAGGGCCUAGACAUCACCACCAAUAAGGUCACUGAAGAAGAGUGUGGCGGGGUCCCACAUCAUCUGCUUGGCACUGUUGACCCAUAUAUAAAUUUCAGCGCCAACGACUUCUGUCGCUACGCCACUUUGGCCAUCGACUCCAUUGUAGAAAAAAAUGGCUUACCCAUCAUCGCUGGAGGCUCUAAUUCUUAUUUAGACGCGUUGGUCAAUCAUUAUCCUGAGUUUAGGUUAAGGUACCAGUGCUGUUUCCUCUGGGUCGACGUGGCACUCCCCGUUCUCCAUUCCUCCCUCCAGGCACGUGUGGACCGCAUGAUCGAAGCCGGUCAAGUCAACGAGGUUCGUGACUUCUUCGACCCGAGCGUAACCGAUUACACCAAAGGGAUACGAAGGGCUAUUGGGGUGCCCGAAUUCGACGAUUUUCUUCGCGCAGAGGCGAAUGGGCGGCUAGAUGAGAGAACAAAACAGAGGCUUCUUCAGGCUGCCAUUGCAAGGUUGAAGAUCAACAACUGCACGCUCGCCAACCGCCAGAUUCAGAAGAUCCACCGCCUGCACGCCUUCUGGAAACGGAACAUGCACCGCCUCGACGCCACCGAGGUUUUCCGCGGCUCACGUGACGCCUGGCGCGAUCACGUGCUCGCCAAGACCUUGAUCAUCCUCCACAAGUUUCUCUACGGAGAGAAGAAAACGCCGCACGUUGUCCCCGCCGGAAUCGUCUCCGCCAAAGACGUAAUUGCGGCGGCGGCGGUGCUUUCUUCGCCGCCGGUAGCAAUGGCAGCAACGCGGUAGAAAGAGAAAGAGUAGUAGGGCCAGAGAAUCUAUAUACACCAUUGGCGCAUGCUGAAACACUAUAUGCCAUUGCAUAUCUUUUUUUUAUAUAUAUUUCAGGUCAUGUCAUUGGUAGUAGUAAAUGUUUUACUUACUAUAUAUAUAUUAUAUAUAAAUAUAAAAGCAUAUAUAUAUAUAUAUAUAUGAAUAUAAUAUUUUGUUUAACUUAUUGACAGGUUCUAUGGAAAAUAUUAAUGUAUUUUUUCUUUAUUUAGGGUUACAUCAGUAUCUGGAAUACUUAAUAAGCGUAUUCCGUAUAAAUUAAUUAAGUAAGUUGUUAAUGGAGCAUAGCAUAUACGAUCCCUGCUUUGUUGGCUAAAGUUGUGGACCUACAGUGUAAC